AUGGGAGACUUCGCAGGCCAUGGGCUGGACGAGGAUGCCUUUGGCGAGAAGGCAGGCUUGUCCGCCCUCAAAACAUUCGAUGCCUUCCCAAAAGUAAAGCCGACAUAUACCUCCCCCUCCGCCCGUGGAGGACAAUUUACCCUCGCCGUCCUCAUCCUCUGUACCCUCCUCACCUUCACUGAACUCCGUACCUGGUGGAUUGGUACCGAAAAGCAUCACUUCAGCGUCGAGCGUGGUGUCGGACACGAGCUGCAGCUCAACCUCGACAUCAUUGUAGCCAUGCAAUGUAGUGACCUGCACGUCAACGUCCAGGACGCCGCCAUGGACCGCAUCGUUGCCGGUGAUCGCCUCACCAAAGAAGCCACCAACUACGCCCUGUGGACCUCGGGCUCGCGCCGCUCUCCUGUCUACCAGACCGUCAACCAACGAACACCGGCCCGCAAAGCCGCCGAAGAGGAAGACUCGCACGUCGCGCACGUGCUAGGCCACAUGCGCGAGAACCCUUCGCGCAAGUUCGUCAAAACUCCCAAAAUCCCCCGCGGCUCCCCUACGGACGCCUGCCGCAUCUACGGCUCCCUUGAGGGCAACAAAGUGCAGGGCGACUUCCACAUCACAGCCCGCGGUCACGGCUACAUGGAAUUCGGACAGCCCUCGCACCUCGACCACUCAGCCUUCAACUUCUCGCACCACAUCAACGAACUCUCCUUCGGUCCACACUACCCCAACCUCCUCAACCCACUCGACAAAACCACCUCGGCCACCGAAGCCCACUUCUACAAAUACCAAUACUUCCUCUCCAUCGUGCCCACCAUCUUCACCAAACGCCGCGUCUCCACCCCCAGCGGCACCCUCGACCCGGCCGCCGUGCCCCAACCCCCCACCCUAGACCUCCAGCCCGCGACCAAGAAGGACAAGGAUGGCCAGGUGCGCCACGUGGCCAACCCGGGCGUCAACGCCGACGCCAAAUCCAUCUUCACGAACCAGUACGCCGCCCAGUCGCAGAGCCACGAGGUCAACCACAACACCAUCCCAGGGGUGUUUUUCAAGUACGACAUCGAGCCCGUGCUGCUCAUCGUGGCGGAGCAGCGCCAGAGUCUGCUGGCGCUGCUGGUGCGUCUCGUCAACGUCAUUUCCGGCGUCAUUGUUGGAGGCGGCUGGAUGUUCCAGUUGACCGAGUGGGCGUAUGAGGUCUGGGGACGGAGACGGAGGGGCGGCAGUAUUGGUAGUGGGGUCUUGGAUGGGAAGCAUGAGAAGCUGUAA